AAAUAUUAAAAAAUAGCCACUAGUGGUGUCUUCGAACCGAGCCAGCAGCCCGUAUACACUUUGGGGGAGAAACUGGCGCCUCUCCUAAGACGUAACUGCCCUGCGACGCUUGAAACAUUCGAACGACGACGCCGACUCGAAGGGGGAUACCUUAACGGAGCGGCGACUACGACGGUGGUGCAUCGAGUAGGCUUAGCGUGCUUCACGGAGUGUCGUGCGACUGCCACUUGAAAAGGUCCAAGGCCACCAUGCCGUUCCACAGGAGCCUCUUCGGUCGCCACCGGGACAAGGAGUGGUGGGACGCGUGGGACUACCCCUCGCGCAUCUUCGACCAGAAGUUCGGCGUGGCGCUUAGGGACGAAGAUCUGUUCGACCGAGACCCCUUCGCCAGGAGGCCACUGUCUACGCUAUCGCUGUCUUCGCCGCGGAGAGGACAGGUGUCCGGCGGCGUGUGCGACGUGGUGCCUCGCUCUACGGGAGUCUCGGAGGUCGUCAACGAUGAUUCCAAGUUCGAAGUCCGCCUCGACGUCAGCUUCUUCAACCCCAGCGACAUCACGGUCAAGGUGUUAGGUACGGACAGCGUGCUGGUGCACGGCAAGCACGAGGAACGCCAGGACGAGCACGGCUUCGUGUCCCGCGAGUUCACGCGCCGGUACAUGCUGCCGCCGGACGUGGAUCCCGAGCAAGUGAGCUCCGAGUUCCUGGCCGAUGAAGAGGGAGUGCUCGUCAUCCGUGCCGCGAAGAAGUCGCCCGAGCCAUCUGCACUUAAGGAGCGAGUCGUGCCCAUUGCUGUGCUCUCGCCAAACAAGACCAAGGCCUGAGCAAAUAAACGUUGUUGCUAUUUUA